AUGGUUUCGAGGGAACAGAAGAGAGGUUCUUUGCAAGAGAAGUUUCAUUUGCUUCGUUCAAUCACUAAUUCUCAUGCUGAAAACGAAACUUCGAUCAUAAUGGAUGCAUCGAAAUAUAUCCAAAAGCUUAAGAAGAAAGUCGAAAGAUUCAACGAAGACACUACUGCAGAGCAAUCUUCAAGCGAGCCCACAGAUCCCACCACACCAAUGGUAACAGUGGAAACCCUAGAAAAGGGUUUUAUGAUAAACGUGUUCUCAGGGAAGAAUCAGCCAGGCAUGCUUGUUUCGGUAUUAGAAUCCUUUGAGGAGAUUGGGCUUAACGUUCUUGAAGCUAGGGUUUCAUGUAUCGAUUCCUUUAGCUUGCAUGCCAUGGGAGUCGAGGUACUUAGCAAAUCAUCACAUAAUCACAUAUCUAUACAUUAA